GAUGGUGCCCGGGCAGCUAGAAGUCCAGUCCGGUGAGCUGCACUAGUCCUGAGAGCCACAAGCUCAGAGAAGUAGUCCAGCAAUCCCAGAAACACCCAGCCUGACUCCUGCAGCUACGGCACAUAUUAACUCAACCUGUUAGCAAUUCAAUCAGCGAGUUGACACUAUUGACAGUAGCCUCCUAUUUCUGUGUCUCACGCUGAACUGAGCUUAUUUAGAUCACGGCAGCUUGUUACACCUAAACUCAGAGCCGACCACAGCAGAGAUGAUGAUUGGGAUGCAGCAACACUCACACAGCUUUCUGGUCCUUUUCCUUGUGGUCUUCAUUGCUGGGAUAGUUCUCUCUGGCCCCUCAACUCCCCGCAGAAGCAGAGUGCGACGUCAGAACAUGAAAGUGCGUAUCAACGCCACAGGAGACACCAUCGUGAUGACGUUUUUGCGUCCCAACCCUGACACCAAGCUUGAGGGUUACAUCCUGGGCUACGGCAGCAGCAUGUUCUCCAAACAGUUCAUUCAGCUGCCAGAGAACGGACAGCCGUAUGAGACUGAGUUUGAUGCUGAACCCAAGUACCUUAUCGCGGUGCAGCCCAUCCCAACCAAUGAAGUGAAAAAGCAGUGCACAGGUAAAGUGGAACUGCAGAAGCCGCUACACCUAGUCAUCGGGUCAGUGACCCCCACCUCAGUUAUCUUGUCUUGGGGAACCCUUCUGAAAACUCCCUAUGAAGGCAACAUCAUGAAUGACUGUCUAGAGGAUGGACACUACACAGUGCGUUAUCGUGAGAGAAACAGGAAGUGGAAUUACCAGACCUGCCCAACUAGCGACACGGUCAUUGAUAACCUGAGGCCCAACACGGUCUAUGAAUUUGGUGUCCAGCCCAACUCUAAGGAUGGCACUGGAGUGUGGAGCAAACCAGUCAUUCACAACAGCUCAGGGGGCAUUGAGGAGAAGGCCAUCAGGAGAAUCUUUGAACGUCCUGUCAAGCCUGUGAAACCUUUAACGCCAGAUCCACACUCCUUCCCCUUUCCUCCUCGUCAUGUUCUCCAUAACAGGACCCAGGGCAGACUGCCCGUCUCCCGGAACAUAGCCCCAAAGACAACUCUUGCUCCCACAACAACUACUAUACAGGAAUCUCUGCUGACCCCUGGACCCACCCUGCCUGUGGGCACCAAACGGCCAAUCGGAGGAGGAGACCUUUCCAGAUUUGUCUUACCUCCUUUGAUGGAGGGCCUUUUAGCUCCCAAGCCACAUCCUCCACUUCAUACAACCACCAUGGCUUCUGUACCAGUUCCCCAUACAGAUGUAGAGAAACAUCCUCUGAGACAACAUCCCCAGCCACAACCUCAUUCACAACCUCAACCAAACCCCCUGCUCCAGCCACAGUAUCAGCCACCACCACAACCAAAUCCCAAAAGACAAAAAUAUCCAAAGUGGGUGAAGGCUCAUUCUCAAACACAACCCCAAGUCACAUCCAAACCCAUACUCCAGAGGCAACCACAACCCAAAUCCCUGCCUUUACUCCAGACACAACCCCAACCAACAUCAAAGCCCAUUGUCCAGACCCAACCUAAACCUCAACCCCAACCAACAUUCCAGCCCCAACCUCAAUUACAACCCCCAUCAUCACCAAAGCCUAAAACCAGAACCCAAAUCCAGGCUGAACCACAAUCUCAAACAACACACCAGCCCAAACACAAGGCCCAACCUCAAACACAACCGCAUACAAAGACCCAGCCUCAAAUUCAAACACCUCUCCAGCCCACACCCAUGGCACAUCCUCAAACACCUCAAACAACACUACAUAACAUACAGCAGACCCAACAAGCACUGCCAAAACUUCAGUUCCAACCUCAACCACAAUUUCAAUCUACAACUGAGCUUCAAACCCAAACCCAAACUCAACCAAAGACCAACCCACCACCUCAGCCACAACCUCCACUAAUAACCAAUCCAAAGCCUCAACUAACCACCAAGCAGCAGUCUAAGGCCCAACCAACACUUAAACCAAAGAUCAUCCUUUUCCGACCCAAUCUCAAAACACAGGCUCAACCAAAGAGUCAACCCAAGCCCCAGCCACCAACUCAAACAAAAAAACAGCCAAAGCCUCAACGACACCCUCAACCAAAAAAACUGCCCAAACCUCAACAAAAGCCCCAAAAUAGGGACCAACAAGAACCUCACCCAAAGAUUCAGCCGUGGCCCCAAACAAAACCUCCAACAAAGACCCAGGCCAAACCUUUAUCUCAUUCUCAACCCAUUCCCCAACCACAACCUUCACCAAAUGGCCAGACUCAAUCCCGGCUUGAACCUCCUUCCAAGCCACAACCUCAACCUGGGCUUCAGUUUCAGACCAGGACCUACACUGAUCCCACCAAGGUCACCCCAAGGCAGGCGGUCUCUACGGCUCCUAGUCGACCAGAAGAGGGCAAGCCUCUGCCAAGACCUGCCCUGGCUACAAAGAACGCUGGUAGUUACAAUCAGGGUACUGGCAUCCUUAGACCAUCCAUUGCUGAAGUUCCUCGUUCUCCUAUUAGCUCUUCAGUCCCUCUAGCAAGAAGAAACACCACGCUGACCCGGACCAGGGUUCCUCCACAUUCUACUCGUAAUAGUGGCAGACCAGUUUCUCCAUCCAAGACAUUCACCUCCUCUCACAGCUCCAGCACACCUGGGGCCGAUGGGGUGCAUCAUAGGGGCAAUGCUCUUCCUAAACCUGUGGUGUGGUCCAGAGAGAAACCUGUCCCUGCAGUCCUGCGUCCCUCUAUUCCUGUCAACAAGAGACCCAACCUGGUGGGAAAACCUAGUGACCACGAUAAACCCAUGGACCUAAAACAAGGAGAAAAGGAGUCCAUCUUGAAGCCAUUCCCUCCAGUCACAGCCAAGCCCAAGCAAGAGCGCAGACAGCAGCAGACAACCACCUCUGCCCCGGCAGUAAACACAACCCGUUUUGACAUAAAUGAAAACUCCUCCAUAUUUCGGCCCUUGCCUGCGUCAGAGGUAGACGUCAUGGGCAAGAAGCGCUUUGUGGCUCCCCAUGUGAUCUACAAGACCGAUAAGAAGCCAGAUGAGCCGUGCUCCAUCACCUCCUCCCUCACUUACUUCCCUGACGAGGAGGGAAGUGAUCAGAAUGUAACUGCUCCUCCCCGUGUACCUCCCUCCAACCUUACUGUGGUUACUGUGGAGGGCUGCCCGUCUUUUGUCAUUCUUGACUGGCAGAAAUCUGACAACGAAACCAGAGAGUAUGAAGUUGUAUCCACCACUAAAGGACCAAAUGGAGAGGAGGUGUCCAUACUGACGACCAAUCAGACACACACAGCCGUGGAGAAUCUUAAACCAGAGAGCAGUUAUGAAUUCACAGUAACACCAAAGAAUGAGCUGGGAACAGGACCCUCCAGUGAUCCUGUGUCUUUUAGCACAGAAUCAGCGGAUCCACGAGUGAGCGAACAUGUUUCAGGCAAAGAUGCCAUCUGGACUCAGUUUCCGUUUAAAUCCGAUGACUACUCUGAAUGCAAUGGAAAGCAGUAUGUGAAGAGAACUUGGUACCGGAAAUUUGUCGGCAUUCAGCUCUGCAACUCCUUGAGAUACAAGAUUUACCUGAGUGACUCUCUGAAUGGGAAGUUUUACAACAUUGGAGAUCAGACGGGGCACGGUGAGGACCAUUGUCAGUUUGUAGACUCCUUUCUGGAUGGACGGACCGGCACCCAGAUGUUUGCUGACCAGCUACCAAGCAGGCCAGGGUUUUAUAGAGCGAUGAGACAGGAACCUGUCAACUUUGGAGAGAUUGGAGGGAAGUCACAUGUUACUUACGUAGGUUGGUACGAGUGUGGCACACCCAUCCCUGGGAAGUGGUAAGACCCCACAGGGCUGUCCAGGAAGGAUGACUUUCUUGGUCGGGAGGAAGAAGACGAUGUCUCACUAGGCCCAAAGGGAGGUUGGCCUUUCUUUCAUGUUACCAUGGACACUGUACCAUAGUACACACCAUGGGUCUGUCUCUUUGAACUCAACCUAUUCUUCCAGGUAUGUAGGAAUAUUAGAUGUCCCAAAAUCCUAUUGAGUGCAUUUGUACCAUUGGUCUUAAUUUCUCUAUUUAUCAAAAAUGCAUUCAGCAAAGAAAUGCAGGAGUUUGAGUGGUGAAUAUGCAGUAAUCACAGAGAAAAUGUUGGGAAGCUGGCUCCCAAAGUGUAAUAACUUGUAUGAUAUUAUUUAUCAAAGGGGAUUGCUAUUGAAUAUUCUGUGUGUGCUCGGGCUUUUGAGGUGAGAAAGUAAAACUCAUUCACAAUACUUUCAUUUCAUACACAAAUUGUGUCAUUUGUAUGCAGAAAGGUGCUAAUCGUACUUUCAUUGUACAUUUGGACUAUGUAAAAUACAAGUACACACAGACAUGCAGAAUUGACCUUCUGCUAGCCCUAAGGGAUUAUUAGCAGUUGCAGUUUGCACAGUAUUAAACCUUUGUUUAUAUAUGUAUAUGGUGUGAAAUACAGUAUGUAUACCAGGGAUCAUAUAGUUUGAUACAUUUUAGGUACAAGAUAAAGCAGCUUUUAGCCAAAUUGUGGAUUUAUUAUAAGAAAAACAAAGCUUGAGUGUUUCUAUGGGGUCACUUGGAAAGAUUAAUGUAUUUUUAAUGCUUGUGCAGACUUGUCAUAUAUUUUAUGAAAUAAUAAAAUAUAUAUUAAAAAAAACUGAGCUUCAAUGUGGAAAUGACAUAAUUUAUGUUUUUGAUUUCAAACCUACAACAAAGUGUACAUAAAACUAUAAAUCAUUGGAAAGAAAUUGUUAGGUUUCUUCCAUAUCUGUCAUGACUAUGGUUGUUUUUGAUACACCAUGUAUGUUUUCAGCAAUAAAUUGUUUUUAUAUUUAC